UUUGUCCUGUUAAAGCACUCUGAUCUUUGAGGUGUCAUAAAGAAACGUAUCUUAAAUCGUUAAUAGUCAUAUUAAAAAAACAUGUUCCGUCUUGGACCCACCUAGGAUGCAUAUAUACACACUUUUAGCUUCAGAACAGUCACUUCAAAUCCACCAAAUCUCAAAUAGCAAAUGGAGAGAAAAUCUCUUGCUUUGUUCAUCCUCCUUUUCCUAUGCUUCUCCGGCUCGUCAGAGUCCAUGAUGCUCAGACCAUCAGCAAGCUUACUCGACCAAAAACAAGUCCAUGGGGUUACAGUUAAAGACAUAAAAGGAGAAGAAAAAGAAGAUAAGAGCGUAUACAUCUUCCGGGCAGGGAAAGGAGCCCAUGGUCAUGGGUUUAGAGGUGGAAGAGGUGGAGGCCGGCGGAAAGCAUCUCCCAAACGUAACGCUGCCAUGGACCACCGGCCACCGUUGUUCUUCUCAACCGUUUCCGUUUUCUUUACUGGCUUUAUAUUGCUUUCAUUAACUUCAUUUAACAUGUGUUGAUAAGAUGCCUACGGUUCGCCUAAAUGUCUUAACAUGAGCGUUAACAUUUGUUACUGGGAAUUGUAAAACUUUGGAUUCUGUUA